AUGGCUGAAUCGCUGCAGAACUACCAACAGAUGCUCAACUGCCUGGCUGUGUCGUAUCAUUGCAUUGGUCUUUGGAUAAAUUUGGAUAAAACUAAGAUCAUGUUCAAUGAUCACAUUUGUGUUGGUGGAGAGGCAGCUAUUGCAGCUAGCGUAUCAGCAUCUAAAGGAGCAAUUGGAGUUACUAAAUCUGUGCAAGCUGCAGGAAGUGUUGGAUCAUCAACAGCCGGUGGUGCAGCUGGUUCAAUAGCGGCAGCUGGCGCUUUAGGUGUUGGUGCAGGUGCUAGAGCUGCUGGCAGCGCUGGAGCAGCUGCAGCGCUAGGAGCCGCAGGUGCAGCUGGAGGUGCAGGCCCUGCUGGUGCUGCAGGUGCAGUUGCAGCUCAAGGUGCAUUAGGAGCCGCAGGCGCUGCCGAAUCUGUUUCCAAUGCUGGUGCUGUUGGGUCUAGAGCAGCAGGUGGUGCUUCAGGAAUUGCUGGAGCAGCCGCAGUCUCAGGUUCAGCUGGAGCUGCUCAGUCUGCAGAAGGCGCAGCUGUUGGGUCGUCUAUUGCCGCCGGUGCAGCAGUUGCCGGAAGUGCAGGAAAUCGUGGAUCGGCAGAUGAAGUAACAGACUCAGAGUAUUGCCACUUGGUGAUAUCACGUUUGCAAUUCAGACCAACCUAUCCUCAUGUGGAUAAACCUUGCCAUGAACCAGCAAUAAAUGAGCACAUUCAUUUAAGAGCUACACUUUUUUCGGUGGAGCUCUUGCCGCUUUCCGCGAUGUUCUAUCAUGCUCUUUAA